AACAGCGCCAUUUCAAGAGGACCUUGCAGAGCUUUCUUCGCCUUUCGGCAACCUCUCCAGGCACCACCACCGUUUCCAUUUCCUCUCAAAGUCAAUUAAUUCAAAUUUAGUUUUUCACCCAUUUAAUAUAUAUGCACUUUCCGAUUCUCAACUUUUUCACUCUUCCCCAAAUCCUUCGCAGUUGCAGAUCUGAAUCAUCCACAUCGCAUCUGAUUCUCAGCGGUUUCGGGAUUUAACCAUCGGUGAUCGUUGGGGAAUUUGAAUUUGCAUUUGAGUUGUUGAGAAAUGGACGCAACGUCGAGCCAGCCGGAGUUCGAUUACUUGUUCAAGUUGUUGUUGAUUGGGGACUCUGGUGUUGGGAAGAGCAGUCUCCUUCUGAGUUUCACUUCCGAUACGUUUGAAGAUCUCUCUCCUACUAUUGGAGUGGAUUUUAAAGUAAAACAUGUGUCUGUUGGGGGAAAAAGGUUGAAGCUUGCAAUUUGGGACACAGCUGGGCAAGAAAGGUUCAGAACACUAACUAGUUCUUAUUAUAGAGGAGCUCAGGGAAUAAUAAUGGUUUAUGACGUAACACGGCGAGAAACAUUUACGAAUCUAGCUGAUGUGUGGGCUAAAGAAAUUGAUCUCUACUCAACAAAUCAAGAUUGCAUCAAAAUGCUUGUUGGCAACAAGGUUGAUAAGGAAAGUGAGAGAAUUGUCACGAAGAAAGAGGGAAUUGACUUUGCUAGGGAAUAUGGAUGUCUUUUCAUUGAAUGCAGUGCAAAAACUCGGUCCAAUGUGGAGCAAUGCUUCGAGGAACUGGUUCUGAAGAUUUUGGAUACACCUAGUCUCUUGGCGGAGGGCUCAACUGGCGUCAAGAAGAACAUCUUCAGACAAAAACCUCCCGAAUCUGACGCCUCAACCAGUGGGUGUUGCUGAAAGUCAUAUGUUGUCCUUACGCUUUGUACCUGUUAACUUGCCUUUGUUCUGUUUGUUUGACCCAAAAAACGCCUCUUUAUAAGCAUUAAGCAACCAAGUCUUUGAACAAAAAUAUGUAAAUUUAGUCUAAAAUCUCUUAAGAUAUGUUUCAUAUAUGUACGUCUCUCUUUGAUCA